AUGAAGAACACCGUUGCUCUUCUUGCCCUCGCCGGCGCUAGCCAGGUCACUGCUACUGGCUGGAACAAGUUCCCCUCCUUCGACUGCCCCGACAACACCAACAACGAGUGUGACGACAAGCAGAAGUCGGGCUUCUCCUGGGGUGACCUCAACACUGGUUCCUUCAGCAACUACGGCGGAUUCGACUUCAAGGGCUGGACCUGCGGAAGCGACUUCUCCAAGCGUGACACCCUCGCUCCCCGCACCUUCGGCGGCAAGGUCAUUGAGGGCUCUUGCGGUCAGAAGAAGGAGACCUCUCCCUCUUUCGGCUGCGGCUCUGGCUCCGGCUCCCCCGACAAGUUCUCCAUUGGCCACUUCGAUGUGAGCGUCGAGUUCGACUGCGACCUCGAGUUCCACUACGACAUGCCUGACGGCUCUACCUGCAAGCACCGCUCUGCCUGCUCCAAGUCCGGAACCACCGUCAAGAACACCCAGUGCGGUGGUGCCAAGAACGUCACCAUCGUCUACCCCUCUCAGCCUUCCAAGCCCAAGUCCACUUGCGGCGUCGGCAUCCACACCAUCAGCUUCGACUGCAGCCCUCCCAAGACCUCCGUCCCUCCCAAGACCAAGACCAGUGCUGUCCUGUCUUCCGCUACUACUCUGAGCACUGCUCUCACCAAGCCCGUCCUCACCACCUCCGUCCCCGAGGUUGAGAAGAGCACCAAGCCCGCUCACUCCACUGGCGUCAAGGAGACCACCUCCGCCCAGCUUCCUUCCGUUUCCAUCCCGGCCGAGACGAGCACUGCUGUUGUUCCCUCCGUCACCAAGCCUGCCGAGUCCGUCUCCAAGCCCGUCGAGUCUGUCACCAAGCCCGUCGGCGAGACCACCUCAGCCCAGCUUCCUUCCGCCAGCCAGCCCUCCGAGUCCAAGCCCGUUGAGUCUGUCUCCAAGCCCGUCGAGUCUGUCUCCAAGCCCGUCGAGUCUGUCUCCAAGCCUGUUGAGUCUGUCACCAAGCCCGUUGAGCAGACCACCUCUGCUCAGCUGCCUUCUGCCUCCGUCCCCGCCAACGGCACUCAGCCCGCCGAGACUGUCCCCGCCACUCAGCCUGGUGUCUCCAAGCCCGUCGAGUCUGUUACCACUCCUGCUGUCCCUGAGACCAAGACCACUGUCUACGACACCACCUCCACCGUCUACACCACCCGUGUUGAGACCGUCACCUCUUGCGCUCCCGAGGUCACCAACUGCCCCGCCGAGUCUCGCACUCCCAUCGUUGUCACCGCCACCGUUCCCCUCACGACCACCGUCUGCCCCGUCACCGAGACCAUCGUCCACACUCCCGGUGCCUCCAAGCCCGUCGAGCAGCCUUCCAAGGGUGCCUCUUCCGAGAAGCCUGUUGCCUCUUCCGUCACCAAGCCCUCUGCGACCAUCCCCGCUGGCCCGGUUGAGACCCUGCCUUGCCCCGAUGUCGUUCCUCAGUGCUUGAGCACCUGGCUGUUCUCUUCCGGCUGCAAGGACAACUCCGACGCCUCUUGCUACUGCCCCGACUCUGCCUUCGUCGAGAACGUCUUCAACUGCAUCUACUCCCACGGUGCCAGCGACGACGUCAUCUCCAAGGCCACCGAGUUCUUCCAGGGUAUCUGCGCCGCCCACAUCCCCGAGAACCCCGCCAUUGUCACCGUCCCUGCCACCAUCACCACCGCCAUCACUGUCUCGGCCACCAAGCCCGCUGCUACCAACCCCGCCGAGUACACCACCAUCACCGUUGACAAGACCAUCGUCGUUCCCUGCGUCACUGAGGGCACCACCGUCCCUGGCUCCUCCACCACUGCCACCAUCAAGACCACCCUUACUGCCCCUGCCGUCUCUUUCGCCACGGACUCUGCCUCCCAGGUCGUUCCUGUCCCUGCUCCCUCCACCCCCGCCGCCAGCAACCCUGCUGCCACCGUCUCUACCCAGGCCCCUGGUGCUGAGGCUCCCUACCCCACCACCCCUGCCGCUGGCGCCAGCAAGACCACUCCUGCUGGCACCGGCGCUGUUGUCCCUACCACCACCGGCGUCGUCGUUGCUGGUGCUGGCAAGGCCAGCUUCGGCCUUGGUGCCGUUGUUGCCGCCGCUGUCCUCGCUGCUUUUUAA